AUGUCCGAAUCACCUCCGCCUCCUUCGUGGAGCAUCAGCAACAUGGCCAACAGUGCUGCUCAGUUCAUGCGGCUACCCGUCCUGGCAUCCUCUGGUUUGGCGGUGGUGGCAAGCGGUCUCCUCUAUUUCAAGCAGAAUGAACUGAUCUACCCCAGAAAUGUCCCUGUGGAUGCACGAACAAAUGUCCCCAGUCCUCGCCAAUUCGGUAUCACCGACUUUGAGGAUCUGCAGAUUCCCACUCCCGACGGAGAGUCGCUGCACGCUCUCUUCUUGCGCCAGAAACCCAGUCGAUUCUCUCGCAAUUUAACUGUCUUGAUGUUCCACGGAAAUGCAGGCAACAUCGGUCACCGUGUUCCCAUCGCCAAGGCUGUGCAGGACACUCUCCAGUGUAACGUGUUCAUGCUGGAAUAUCGAGGAUAUGGAAUGUCAACAGGCGUGCCGGAUGAAGGAGGCCUCAAGAUCGAUGCGCAGACUGGCCUGGACUAUUUAAGAAACCGUGCAGAGACGAGUGAUACAAAGAUUGUUGUAUACGGACAAAGUCUUGGGGGUGCCGUGGCUAUCAACCUAGUUGCUAGCAACCAAGAGCCCGGCGAUAUUACAGGAUUGAUCCUUGAGAAUACCUUCCUGAGUAUUCGCAAGCUAAUUCCAAAUGUCUUCCCCCCUGCGCGAUAUCUCGCGCGUUUCUGCCAUCAAUAUUGGAACAGUGAGGAGGCCCUACCUAAGAUCACUCAUACACCUAUUCUCUUCAUGAGUGGUCUCAAGGAUGAGCUUGUGCCGCCAUCGAACAUGACCCAAUUAUUCGCUGUUUGCAACUCGGAGACUAAAGUCUGGCGCACACUCCCAAACGGUGGUCAUAAUGAUUCCGUUGCAGAGCCUGGAUACUUUGAUCACAUCCAUUCCUUCAUCACCGAGGAAGUACUAGCUAACAAGGAGUGA